CUGCGAGAGAUGCUGGAGGUGGCGGUGAGCGCGGUGAGGCUGCGGGCGCCUUCGCCCCGGCGGCGGCAGCAGCAGCAGCGGAGCCCCGGCAAGGCUCACACGGUAUUCAAGGUGGAGAUCUUGUGUAACGGAAGGAAGCAUUGCGUGGAGAAGCGCUACAGUGAGUUUUACGCACUUCAUAAAAGGAUCAAGAGGACCUGCCAGGUUCCUGAUUUCCCACCCAAGAGGGUCCCCAAAUGGAUGGUGAAGGUUCUGCAGCAACGGCGGGCUGGCUUAGAAGCUUAUCUGCAGGGCGUCAUCUUGCAGAACCAAACUCUUCCCAAGGAGCUGCUCCAUUUUUUGAAGCUGUGGCAGGGCCAACAGGAGCCCCAUUUGGGGUGGGAUGCAGAUUCGUCCUUCCAGGAUUUCAGCCCCUGUGCCCAGCUCUCUCACCGGCCUGGCGUAAGCUUCCACAGUGAUCCGUAUGUGCUCCCAUCUUCCACAGAUUUGCUUCCCAAUAUAAUCCUGAUCGGCGUCCUGCAGGGUCUCUACACCCAAGACCACCAUCUGCCUGGAAGCAAAGCUCUUAACCGAGUCAGAGAUGCCAAGAACGAUUAUGGCAGUGGCCCAUGGGGUUGGUGUUCGGCUCCUUUCGUCCUUGCCUAGGGUUGCUUACGGAGAGGCCCGCUUUGCCAUCAUGUGCCUGGAGAGAGGAGCGUGUAAAAAGCAGAGGGGAUGGAGGGGCACGACUAUUCUGGCUGCACAAGCACCCACCUCACUUUCACCCAGCGGAGGGAAA